GAACCAGGAGUUGACUGAUGGUUUGCUAGAUGGCUGGAUUAGUUUCAAAAGUUGUUCAGUGUUCAUUUUUUGCUGCUCUCCCUAUAGGUAGCUGUUCAGAAAUCAAGGAGGUGGGAGCCAGGGAAGGCAUGUUUUCACAACUUGACCAGGGGAAUUUUUCUGUGGCAAUGUGGACCAUUGGUCUUGGAGCCAUUGGGGCUGCUGUGACAGGGAUAAUCCUGGCUAAUACAGAUUUAUUUCUGUCUCAAGCUGAAAAGGCCUCACUGGAUUUUCUGGAGGCAAUAGAUCUGAAGACUCUGGGGGAAGGAGAGCAAAGAACAUUCAGAGCAGAAGAGCUGUGGAAGAAGAAUGGGGCCGUCAUCAUGGCAGUGCGGCGACCAGGAUGAUUUUUGUGCAGAGAGGAGGCUGCUGAGCUUUCCUCUCUGAAGCCCCAGCUUGACCAGGUCGGGGUCCCCUUAUAUGCUGUUGUGAAAGAGAACAUUGGAACGGAGGUGCAGGAUUUUCAGCCAUACUUCAAAGGAGAAAUAUUUCUGGAUGAAAAGAAACAAUUCUAUGGGCCUCAGAAAAGAAAAAUGUUGUUCAUGGGCUUUAUCCGCUGCAGCGUCUGGAGGAAUUUCUUCCGUGCCUGGAAGAGUGGAUAUACAGGAAACUUGGAUGGAGAAGGCUUUGUCCUGGGAGGAGUUUUUGUGGUUGGUCCUGGAAAGCAGGGUGUUCUCUUGGAGCAUCGUGAGAAGGAAUUUGGAGACAAAGUGAGCCUCGAUGCUGUUCUUGAUGCUGUUAAGAAGAUCAAGCUGCAGCCUGCAGAAAAUGAGAAAUAGGCACGCAUUGCCCUCUUAGAAAGUAUGCAUGUAAACUGAUAUUCUGUCUCUUAUAGGCUAUACACCCUUUGCAAAUACCAGCAGCAUAAUGUCCCAAUAGAAUGGCCGUUUGUUGAUGCCAGAUAUCUAUUGAUGCCUUCAGUCUUUGCCUUACUGGAUUAAUGAAAGGCUUGGUCUGAAAACUUAAGAUCUGGCCAAGAUAUUUUCCAGUUAAAACAAAGCUUGGAGGUAUAUAUGGGGGUCUGCAUCAGAAAUGAAUGGAUGGUGGAAAACUAAUAAACAUUACAUUAAAAGUUAUUUAAAAAGCUAA